AUUCAUCAUGAAUUCCUUUAGAAGAGGAGUCUCAGGUUUAAUUGUUAAGGAUUAGAGUCUUCUAUUAAUAAAAAGAGAAAAGGCACCUUACAAAAAUAGAUGGACAUUACCCGGAGGAAAAAUUGAAAAAGAAGAAUCAAUUGAUAAUGCAAUAAAAAGAGAAAUUUUGGAAGAAGUUGGACUUAUAGUAGAUGUUUAUUAGCCAUUAGUAAUCUAAAUAAUCAAGAAAUAUGUAAUAUUUAAAUUAAUGAGAGAAUUAUAUACUUUAUACAAAAUGUUGUUCGAUUGUCAAAGAGGAAAUUCCUGUUGAAAAUAUUGAGUUUUAAUAUUUUCGAAUUAUUGAUUUUUUCUUAAUGGAAAAAAGAUAAUUUACUCCAGAUUUACAAAUUAUCAUCAAAACUUUACUUGAUUAAUUAUGA